UAUUCGAAUAUGUAUAAACGCGGCGCGUUGAUAGUUUUAGAGGGUUGUGAUCGGGCGGGUAAAUCGACUCAAGUUAAAAUGCUGAUGAAUGCGUUGAACGAUCUGCGAAUCCCUGCGAAGGCCCGGGCAUUUCCAAACAGAAAGACUCCUGUUGGAACUAUCCUAAAUAGUUUCUUGUUAAAAGAGAUAAAUAUGCCACCAGAAGCGGCUCAUUUGCUGUUUUCUGCCAACCGCUGGGAAUGCAAAGAGGACAUGGAAAAGACGCUUUGUUCCGGCGUUACUCUAGUAAUAGACAGAUAUGCAGCUUCUGGCAUUGUGUAUACAGCAGCCAACACUGGCAGAACUCUCAAUUGGUGUCAGCAGGCUGAUUUAGGUCUUCCGAAGCCAGACUGUGUAGUGUUUCUCAAAGUGUCUAAACAACAGCAAGAGUUGCGUGGCGAUUGGGGGAAAGAAAGGUUUGAGCACGACGAAUUUCAACAGCGCGUUGAUGCUAAUUAUGAAAAAUUAAAAGAUGACACUUGGGUCAUUAUAAAUGCUGAUCAAGACGAAUCAACAGUACAUGCCGAAAUAUUGCAGAAAACAUUGUCUAUUAUUCAAGAAGUUCAAUAUCGUAAUAUAGAACUGCUAGGUGACUGA